AGGUGAACUCUUACAACUUUAAAAACGUAAAUAUUGAACAAUGGAGGAGUUGCACAUUAACAACACCUCAUGGGAUGAAAGUUUUAAUAUCACCAACUUCAGUGUCAACGCACAUGAAGACUCAUCCAACUGCUUUGGAAAAAAGACAGAUUUCAUCAAUUAUGUUGUUACAUGGAUCAUCAUCUGCGUCGGCCUUCCUCUGAUCCUACUGGCCAUCUACUCACUGUCUUCUAUGGUCAGAAAGGAUCACGGUGCUCCAGUCUACGUCAUCAACCUCCUCAUUUCUGACAUCAUUCAACUAAUUUGCAUGAUUGGUUGGGUGACAAACAGCUGCAACCUUAUGUUCCUUUAUAUUUAUCGUUUUGGUCUGUUCUCCAGUGUUGGCUUCAUGGUGUGUAUCUCCCUAGAAAGGUAUCUGGUCAUCGUCUGGCCGCUGUGGUACAGAUUCAGAAGAACCAUCAAGACCUCUGUGGUGGUCUGUGUCCUAAUCUGGAUCCUUCCUCUUGUUUAUGUUCUGCCAUUUUAUUACAAGGUUAAUUUUCUGAUCACACAAACCAUCGCUGCCAUCUACCUCCUCCUCCCCCUCCCUCUGUUCAUCUUCUUCCUGGGUGGGACUCUUAAAGCCCUGUCUGCAUCCAUCAGUGUCUCCACUGAUGAAAAACGAAGAAUUGUGGCAGUUUUGGUCGUAGUGCUGCUUAUUUACAUACUGCUGUUCCUGCCCAUAGUGACUUGGUUACUGGCAAGUAAAAUAUUAAGCGUUCACUUCUGGAUUUUAUCUGACAUUCUCAUUCAGCUGAGUCCUCUUGCAGACUUGAUUUUGUACAUUUUCAUGAGGAAAGGAACCACAGACAAGAUUUUGGCCUCACUGUGUUGUUGCAGAAUGCAGCUUCAGGAAUCACCAGAUGAACAGCAUGAAUUACGACAGCAUGUACACAGUCAGAUUCAUGUAGGAAGGAAGUAG